AUGGUGAAGCUCGUGUUUGGAAGAUUCAGGGACUCCUUCACCCUAGGGUCCGUCAAGGCUUACAUUGCGGAGUUCAUCGCAACGCUGCUCUUCGUGUUCGCCGGCGUCGGCUCCGCCGUCGCCUACGGUGAGAUACGUCGGCUCCGCCGCUCUCGCCGGCGUGGCUGCGUGGUUCAUUCAGGUCCGCCAAUGGCGUGGCGACUAAUGCGGUCCGGUUGAUCUGAACAGGGAAGCUAACCAAUGGCGCGGCGUUGGACCCGGCCGGCCUGGUGGCCGUCGCCUUAGCCCACUCGCUGGCGCUGUUCGUCGGCGUCUCCAUGGCUGCCAACGUCUCGGGGGGCCACCUCAACCCAGCCGUCACCCUAGGCCUGGCCGUUGGUGGCUACAUCACGAUCCUCACCGGUAUCUUCUACUGGGUCGCGCAGCUGCUCGGCUCCAUCGCCGCCUGCUUUCUGCUUAAGUUUGUCACCGGCGGACUGGUAAUCUUCCUCCAAUCAGUUCGCAGAGAGGAAAACAAACGUCCUCCCGAGUUUCUGACCACCGCGUCGUCAUCUUCCACGGCAGGCGAUUCCCACGCACGGCGUGGCCGCCGGUUUGAGCGAGGUCGAAGGCGCGUUCAUGGAGAUCGUCAUCACAUUCGCGCUCGUGUACACGGUCUACGCCACCGCCGCUGACCCCAGGAAGGGCCCUGUCGGCACUGUCGCGCCCAUUGCGAUUGGGUUCAUCGUCGGCGCCAACAUCCUCGCCGCUGGGCCAUUCAGCGGCGGGUCGAUGAACCCUGCCCGCUCCUUCGGACCCGCCGUCGCCGGCGGGAACUUCACCGGCAACUGGGUCUACUGGGUUGGCCCGCUCAUCGGCGGCGCGUUCGCGGGGCUGGUCUACAGCAGCGUCUUCAUCGGAUCUUACGAGCCGAUCCCCGCCUCCAACGACUAUGCUUGA